UAAUUUUGUUUUCCGAUUCUGGAUUUGCUCUCGAUUGAUGCUAAAUUGGUCACGUUAUCUAUCAAUUUGAUGCUUCUAUAUAGUCGCUAUAUAGUCGCAGAUACGGGUUCGGAUGUAAUUUGGAGCAAUUUCAGGAUCUGAGGUGUCCUAGAGAUUUCAACGGAGCGAAGAUUUGGGGUCUGUAUUGAUUUAAUGCAAAUUCUCUUAAGGUUUUAGUGGGAUUUUUUUCCGUCUAGAAAUAUGGAGUUGUCCGUCUCUCCUCAAACCCAGAAGAUGAACUUGCAAACUCCCCGUAAAAGCUCACUUUCAGGGUCUAGGAAAGAUUUGUGGUUUGCUAUUCGAGAAGGGUCAUUGGUUGAUGUGGAUUCAGCACUGACCACGCUGAAGAAGAGCGGUGGCAAUAUUAAUUUAAGGAAUGCCUAUGGUCUGACUCCUCUGCAUAUUGCUAUCUGGAGAAACCACAUUCCUAUUAUUAGUAGACUUCUUGCAGCUGGCGCUGAUCCAGAUGCUAAGGAUGGAGAAUCUGGUUGGAGUAGUCUUCACAGAGCUUUGCAUUUUGGACAUCUUACGGUAGCUAGCGUACUCAUCGAGUCAGGUGCUUCUUUUACUCUAGAAGACAUAAAACUGCAGACACCGGUUGAUUUGGUCUCAGGUCCAAUAGCUCAGGUUAUUGGCGAGCAAUAGAGUUCAGUGGCUACAGAGGUUUUCAGCUGGGGAAAUGGUGCAAACUACCAACUUGGGGAAAUGGUACCAUUACUUUUAAAUUCCUGCUGAAACAAAAAGCUUGAAACUUCAAACCUCAUUUCAUCUUUGUUGGAUACACUUGUUGAUACGUAUGUCUUUUAAGUUCCUACUAUGUCGCAUAUGGUGUUUCAGAGCGUCGUUGCUCCCAAACCCUUAUCUCCACUCAAACCCUGUUUACCUAUCCCUCGUCCACUACCCAAUCUGCCUUGUAAGCUCCGUCGUGGCUUCGUUAGGGCUUCCUCCUCUUUUCUUGUUGAUGAUUCAGUUUCGGGUCUUGAGCGCUGCUUACAAUUGCCUACGGGAGUUGAGUUACGCCCUUCUUCCUCUGGUUCCUUCUCUGCUAGUACUCAGAUGUGUCUUAUGAUGAAAGGCAAGUUUGGUUCCGUAGGAGCUGUUACUUUGGAAAAGGGGAAGCUUGAUAUGACCC